AUGUCCCGACAGGUAACCCUCCCAGUUGAAGAAGUUACACAAGAUUAUGCAUAUGAAUUGCAUACAAAUAUCCCAGACGGUACACUCGAGCAACCCUUGCCGCCGUUUCGGUCAUUUCCAGCCCGAAAUCGGGUCUCGCCUACCGGAAGCGGUAGAUCCGCCCCGCAGAAUAGAAAUUGGGAUAGCGACUUAGGAUCAAGCUCGGACGCAGCGUAUGACACUCCUCAUCGCCUGCAAACCAGUGGUGGCUCGGUAGCCCAUUCACAUCGACAAGGUAUAGAAGAAUCAACACUGACACUAGAUCGACAUGCGUCCACACUCCCCGAGUUCACUCCGUUUCCAGCUGCUGCCCCUUCAUCGCGAUAUGCACCUCCGCCCAGCUCGCGGGCAGAACCCACAAGACCUGUCCUCCCCCCGCUCAUCUAUCCAGAAGGCGCCGGUAGUGGUCCUUGGGCUUCUGAGCGAACCAUAAACUUGGUUGGUGAAAGCUCCACACCUGUUAUUAGAUACCCCAGGUAA